AAUCAUCCAACACUAUGCUUCUGCAACAACCAGACCACAAAGUCUCUGUAAAAGCAAAGCAACCAUGACGAUGAUGCAUGUGCUUUGGUUCUUAGUGUUCGUAGCUGCUGCAAUGCAAGGAAGAACAGAAGCAGUGGAAUACAGUUUCACUAACAACGCCCUCUCAACCCCCGGUGGCGUGCGUUUCCGUGACGAGAUAGGAGAAGAAUACGCGAAGCAGACACUGGACUCAGCCACCCAAUUCAUAUGGGGGAUCUUCCAGCAAAACGCCCCUGCUGAUAGAAAAAACGUGGAGAAGGUGAGCUUAUUCGUGGAUGACAUCGACGGGGCUGCAUAUACCAUCAACAAUGAGAUUCACGUGAGUGCAAGGUACGUUAAUGGGUAUAGUGGGGAUGUGAGAAUAGAAAUCACGGGGGUGUUAUAUCAUGAAAUGGUUCAUGUUUGGCAGUGGAAUGGGAAUGGUGAGGGUCCUAGUGGAUUAAUUGAAGGAAUUGCAGAUUAUGUAAGGCUGAAGGCAAACUAUGCACCUAGCCACUGGAGAAAAGCAGGGGAAGGAACAAAAUGGGACCAGGGUUAUGAUGUUACUGCUCAUUUUCUUGACUAUUGUGAGAGUCUGAGAAGUGGGUUUGUGGCACAACUGAAUCAGAAGAUGAGAACUGCUUAUAAUGAUCAAUUCUUUGUUGAUCUAUUGGGAGAAUCGGUGGAUCAGCUUUGGAAAGAGUACAAGGAUAAGUAUGGGAAUCUACCCUAGCUAGGUCAACGGUUAAGAACUUGUUCCUUCAAAAAAUAAGCGACUGUGUCGCUAGGUUUGUAUUACUUGUAAAUGUUCAUCAGUUGUAAGUUAUAUUGGAAUCGAUGUUGUGAUUGAUUCUGAAGAGAAUAAACAUUUAGAAGAUAUAAAUCAUUAUCAGCUA